UCAGCUUGUCACAGAGAAAACACUUUCCCUCGCUCAGUUCACACACACACACCCGUCAGUCUACACACCUGUCUGUCUUUACCUAUACUCUCAGCUGCUCUCACUCUACCUGUGUGGGAUUCUCUAUCGUUUGGGAGACCCGUCUGUGGAUACAGUACCCAGUGAAAGUAGGGAGCUAGGAAUCACAGGAACCAGACUGGGAGCCACUUAGAGGAAUCACAGGAACCAGACUGGGAGCCAGUUAGAGGAAUCACAGGAACCAGAUUGGGAGCCGGUUAGAGGAAUCACAGGAACCAGAUUGGGAGCCAGUUAGAGGAAUCACAGGAACCAGAUUGGGAGCCAGUGGAGGAAUCACAGGAACCAGAUUACAACCACCUACUAUGUCAAAAGAGGGGGAAAGAGCAUCAGUGUUGAAGACCACUAAGGUUCGGACCAAGCUGAAAGGAGAUGGCAGCUGGAUGCAGAGACUCGGUGAACCCCAGUCUGAAACAGAGGAGGAGAAACCAUGGAUAGCAGAAGUCAGAGUGAAUCGACUGAAUGGAGCCCCUAUAGACACCAGCCCAGUGGCCUCUCCCACCUCCAAGACCACUCCCUCCACCACCAGACCUGCAGAAGACGGAACACCGUCUCCAGGAUACCUUAUCAGAGGGAUUUUCACCAAGACAGACACCAAGCCUGCUGCCACCUCAUCUACAUUCAAUAGCUUGAGUGUGUCAACAUCCAGCUUCACCAAGAGGCCUUCAGAGAGCUACAAGAGAAUAGCUCCUCACACAGUGCGUCCCACCUCAAACCUCCCAGUUCAAACUGAGGACCAGCUUUCCCCAGAGGAGAAGGAGAAACGGGAGGAAGCAGCCAUGGAUGUGCUCAGGACUUCUUCAGCCCGACAACGCUCCUACGUCCUCUCAGCUGCCAAGAAAUACGAUUCUACAGAGAAACCACUAGAAACCUCCCUGACCCCAGAUGUUUCAUCUUUUGUGGCUAAAAGGGUGGUGAUCACAGACAAUGACGACUCUGUCUUCACUGAGACUCCCUCUGUCCCCAAAGAACCAGCUGCUCCAUCUGUGAAAGACGUCUCUCCUGUCUCUGUGAAAGACGUCUCUCCUGUCUCUCUGAAAGACGUCUCUCCUGUCUCUCUGAAAGACGUCUCUCCUGUCUCUCUGAAAGACGUCUCUCCUGUCUCUGUGAAAGAUGUCUCUCCUGUCUCUGUGAAAGCUGUUUCUCCUGUCUCUGCGAAAGACGUCUCUCCUGUCUCUGCGAAAGCUGUCUCUCCUGUCUCCCUGAAAGACGUCUCUCCUGUAUCUGUGAAAGAUGUCUCUUCUGUCUCUGUGAAAGCUGUCUCUCCUGUCUCUGUGAAAGACGUCUCUCCUGUCUCUGUGAAAGCUGUUUCUCCUGUCCCUGUGAAAGCUGUCUCUCCUGUUUCUGUGAAAGACAUCUCUCCUGUCUCUGUGAAAACUGUCUCUCCUGUCUCUGUGAAAACUGUCUCUCCUGUCUCUGUGAAAGCUGUCUCUCCUGUCCCUGUGAAAGACGUCUCUCCUGUUUCCGUGAAAGACGUCUCUCCUGUUUCCGUGAAAGCUGUCUCUCCUGUCUCUGUGAAAGACAUCUCUCCUGUUUCUGUGAAAGACGUUUCUCCUGUUUCUGUGAAAGCUGUCUCUCCUGUCUCUGUGAAAGUUGUCUCUCCUGUUUCUGUGAAAGACAUCUCUCCUGUCUCUGUGAAAACUGUCUCUCCUGUCUCUGUGAAAGACGUCCUCCUUCCAGCCCCCGUCAUAGUUGACACCCCAGCAGUGAUUGGCCCUUAUGAGGGCAUGAAGCCAGGGUGUACCAAAAUGGCUACUCCACUUCCUGAGUUGAAAGUUGAGGUGAUGAAAAAACUGUCCCCAGAGAGUGGUGUCCCGUUGAAAGACGUCCCCCCAGUCCCCUCUGUAUUAGUGUCCCCUGUCCCAUAUAACCCAGUGAAGAAGAAUCCUGCCACAGUGGACACACUGACAGCCCUGUCUGACACACUCAUCUCCUUCGACACAGGUUCAUCCAGAGUGCAUGGUGAGCCGAUCCCUCAGCUCAUGACUGAUGAUCUCCUCUCUCUCAAUAACGGUCUAGAACAGGAGUUGGUAAAGCCCAUCCCUCCCAUCCCAGGAUCUUGGAGUCAGGAGCUUCUCUAUGGAUCAGACAGGCUCAGUUAUGCCGAGUCCGAGGAGGAAGAGGAGGAGCCGAGAGACGAGAAGCCAGAGGACACACACAGAGAUAUUGACAGUCCAACCCCUAGUACUGACUCCAGUGUAAAUGAAAAUGUGUUGGAGGACCUUGAAGACGACGACUUUAUCCCCAUCAACACGAACACAACAAGACAUACGUGGAAGAGGUCCUGGGACGUCAACCCUAUCACUACCACAGACAAGAGUGAGGAGGAGGAGCCUGAGGAGCAGGAUCCACAGGUGUCCCUGGUUACGGUUCAGAAACAGUCAUCUGACAGUGAAUCACCAUGGGAUAGAUGGAGUGCACCAACUGUCUGUAAAGAGAAGAGAGACCCAGAGCCUUCAAUGGACCGUUCUAGCUCCUACUCCAGGACCUUGGACAGUUCUGCCAACCAGAGACCCACGUCACCAGACACCGAGUCCAAGAAGGGUUUUGUGUACCUGAAGGAGUACGUGAACGCUACAGACCUAACCAAGCACAACACCAGAGACAACGUUCCUGACUAUGUAACGUCUAGUUCUACCAGCCAUUCCUACAGCAGCCCCUCUUACACCAGGACUACCACGACGUCUGCCUGUACGUACUGUGGAGAGCAGGUGGGCAACGAUGCCAAGAUCACCAUCGAGCACCUCAACAUCUCCUGCCACCCAGCCUGCUUCAAGUGUGGUGUUUGCAGUAAGCCAAUGGGGGACUUUCUGUACAACAUGUUCCUGCACAAAGGGACAGUCCACUGUGAGAGCUGCUACUCCAACGUCUUGUAGAUUGCUUCUUCCCCUCGUCUCCUCGUCUCUUUUCCUUCAUGGCCACAGAGGUGACAAGACUGGAUGGCUGAUAUAACUGCUCUCUCCUAUCAAGACUUGUCGUCUGCUAACAGACAGGGAACACUGCACCUUUAAUUUGACAGGAAUUUCUGUGUGUCACAUUUUGUUUUCAGACCUUUGUUUGGGUUCUACUGAAUUGAAUGAGGUUAACACUGAAAUACUAUGGGAGUUAUCGUAUGGUUUAGGGUUGGUAAAGAUAAUAAUAUGAUCAUAUUACUGAUAUAGUUUAAUCUUCCGUCCGUUUCAAUGUCCACUUUUUUUUGUUGUUGCCUUUUUCUCCUUAAAGGCUCAGUGCAGUCAAAAACAUGAUUUCCUGUGUUUUAUAUUUCCACACUAUGAGGUUGGAAAAAUACUGUGAAAUUGUGAAAAUUAUGAUAAUUCCCUUUUAGUGUAAGGGCUGUUUGAAAAGACCUGUUCUGGUGGGAUGGAGUUUAGGACUGUCUGGUGACGUCAACAGGCUGUAUACGUUAAUAGACCAAUAACAAAUAGAGUUUCAAACCUCUCUGCGAAUAACAGCUAGUUUUCAUGUGAGAUAUCCCUCCCAUUAGGCUCGCCCAGUUAGGACUCAGACCAGUCCCAGACAGUCCGAGCUAAAUUCUUGCUUGAGAAAUUGCUCUUUGCUAAGAAGCAAUUUUUAUUUUAUUUUAGACCAUCUUGAUUGAAAACAAUCACAGUAAGAUACUUAAAAUUGUUACCCAGAAAUGGUUUGGUAUUGAGAUAAAAAUGGCUGCAUUGUGCCUUUAAUGUUGUAACUUGGUGAAUGUAUUGUGAAAUAUGAAGAUACUGUAUGUAGAAGUCUCUAAAUAUUAUAACGUAAUGACAAGAUUUAACUAGGAACUGGAUAUGUAGAUUGGCAGUUGGGUACAAUUUUCUACUUUCAGUCUUGACUAUGCAAAGAAAAUAACUACAGAUUUUCGAUCAAAUUUUUAUUUUUUAAAUUGUUUUUGACGCUUUGACUCAGAAAAACAAUAAAAUUGAUUUAUAUAAACAUGAUAAAUAUAGA